AAAACGUGAAAAUAUAAUGACCAAUUUAGUACAAAAAUCAUAGAUUAAGAACAUCUAUGCAAUUUUAUAGAAAUAUCUCAACAGUAAAAGUAUCCGCAUACUUUGCCCGAAAAAGAACAGGGAAAUAAAUUAAAAUUCCGAUAGAUUAGAAUCCUAACUACCUUCAAAGUUUGUUCACGACUCCCUGUUUCCCUCUAACUCUUUCUUCUUCUUUUUGUUCUUGAUUUAUAAUGGCAAUGCAUUGACUUCGAGAAAACCCCAAAUCAAUCAAGAACAAGAAAACCAAAGAAAUUUUUUGGUUAAUUGGAUGGGUGUAAUACUUGAAGAAGGAGAAGAAGGGGGACCGACAUUGACACAGCCAAACGCCGGCGCCGUAUUAUUGCCGCCAACGAAUUUUUCGACGGUGGUAGAUAACACCGUUUACCGUUCGGGCUUCCCGCAGCCGUCCAAUCUUCCUUUUCUUCGUUCCCUCAAACUUCGUUCCAUCUUAUAUUUGUGUCCUGAACCAUACCCAGAAGAGAACUGGCAAUUUCUUCAAUCCAAUAAAGUUAAGCUCUUCCAAUUUGGAAUUGAUGGCACCAAGGAGCCAUCAGCCAUUCCAAGGAGUACUAUUACUGAAGCUUUAAAAGUUUUAAUUGACGUGAGAAAUCAUCCAAUUCUCAUCCACUGCAGACGUGGAAAGCAUCGGACAGGGUGUCUUGUGGGUUGCUUAAGGAAGUUGCAGAACUGGUGUUUGUCUUCAAUUUUGGAAGAGUACAAGAACUUCGCUGGCAUAAAAUCGAGGGAGACUGACUUGAGAUUUCUUGAGACUUACGAUAUUUCUUGUCUAAGGCAUUGCUUACAGAGCCUCAUCUACCAGUACCAGGGUUAUGGUUUGCGGAAUAGACGCUUGCUUUACAGAGAAGAUUGUGUACAGAAGCCGAGGAUAACUUCAGUGCAGUUAGCCUAAUUGUAGCAUAGAUUUUACAUUUUACUCUUUUAAGUUGGAAAUUUUGUUAGAUUGGUUUAUACUUCAGUGGAAGUAUCAUUGCUUGGAAUGGUUUAUUCUUUUAUUAUUUGGCAUAAUGGGAACAUUGCUUCAAAUUUUUAUAGAAGGAUAAUUAACUGCUUAAAUAGUGGGGUACUAAAUGGUGUGGAUCGCCGAAUGAAUAAUGCAUAGUGUCACUUGGGUGUGUUUAUGAUGUUGGAUGUGUGGAGCUUAAUAUAGUGUACUUUUCUUUAGAAAAUUUGCACAUAUAUCAGGUUAUUCUAAUAUUUUCUCAUGUAUAAAGGGUUAGGAAGAGCUUCUUUUGGUGUAUUAGAGUGAGAACGAAG